GCUUGUCGGGGAAGUGCACGUACAUGUACAUUUACCUAACCGUAACGGUUGGCUUCUUGUCUUAGGCCUCCUUCUAACAUAUCAGAGAUAGAGAUAGAGUCCUUGGCUUCAGUUGGCCACAAGGACUUCUUCACAUCAGGGAAGGAGUCAAGAUGGCCUCCGCCGGCGAGGGAUCGGAACAAGAAAGCGGAUCAUAUGGAGCAAGUGAAGCCGCUCCCUCCAUAACAAUAGGCCGUGCCAAGGUGUCCAGUGACACACCACGUGUGGUAUCACCAGCCAAGUUACCGGGGACCACUAUACGAAGUGAUCAGCCUCCUGAGACACAACUAAGCCCGCCGCGGACUUCAAACCCACUGGCCAAAUUACUGCACCAUGUCGUUCUAAUUAUUAAUGUAUACACGUCCAAGUUUGGUGACGAUGGGAGAGCCCUCGGCGUAAUUGCCGUGGGAUAUGGAAGGGACCCAGACGUAUCAAGGAAAACAGUUGCCGGAGUCGAUGUGGAGCUACAAAGCAUCCUGUCGCAUGCCAUUGCCAUAAAUAUACGAGAAUUCACUGGGGAACUUCUAGUCCGCUUAUAUGCGGAGGACAUCUUGUAUACGAUCAGAAGACCUAAGGACGUGUCAUCCGUAUCAGAUUGGGAUGAGGUUAUAUCCGAUCUGGAUAUGAAGCCAAUCACAUUUCCCGUCAAGGAAGAUUGUGUUGUGCAACACUCGGCAGUGAUCUAUUCGAAAGACAGAAGGGUUAACACGCUAUCGCUAGGAGUAUCGUACUCCAACAAAGGAAUUAUCCAAGAUUUCGGGGAGUUUACAUUCCUUGAGCAAGACGGAGACGCCUAAUCGGCAUGAUCUCUGCUGCUGGCCAUCAUCAGAUGUCUCCCGUAAUACAUCACCGCCAUCAAGACAACAACCGGAUUGGGGACCCAAAACGUUUCCAAACCUUCCUGGGAACGUUUUGUCAGCGUACCCAGAACUUGGCCAGGGCAGAUAACAUACCGCUAAACUGCAAAACACAACCUUGGAUUUUUUGGUUCUCUCCCCUAGUAUUUUCUGUCUUUUCCUUGUUUAUCCUCACUCCCAUUCCACACUUCCCCCCCCCCCCUCCCCCAUUCGAAAGCUUCUUUUUAGAAUACAAUUCCAACUGAUUUCUCUUUCGCUUCCCUUCAUUCCCUUUUUUUGUUUUUUGCUCUCAUUUCACUUCAGAGUAAUACAUGAUUGUACUAACAAGGAAUUGUGUACUCUUGA